GAAUGCCAACCCUACUACUGGGCGCCCAGCGGACAGGCCUCGUCGCAGUUCCCGACCAACUGGCAGCCCGCGCAGAUCGUAAACGGCGACCAGGAUGCGGAAAAUCUCUGGAACAGCAUCCAGUCGGUGGUUCCGUCGGACGUGGAGGUCAAGGGCACCCAGCCCGCGUCGCUCAUGGGCGACUUCUCGGGGUACAACUACGCGUCGGACGACCCGGACUGCUGGUGGACGUACAGCAAGUGCGACACGCCCAAGCACCAGGGCAUCCCAGCCGAUAUCAUCACCGUGCCCGAGCCCGAUACGCUCGGCUAUGGUUUCGACGACGGCCCGAACUGCUCACAUAACGCGUUCUACGACUUCCUCGAGUCCAAGAACCAGAAAGCCACGAUGUUCUAUAUCGGUAGCAACGUGCAAAACUGGCCGCUUCAGGCUCAGCGGGCCGUGACGGAUGGCCAUCAGAUCUGUGUCCACACAUGGUCGCACCGAUACAUGACUUCUCUCACGAGUGAAGAGGUCUUUGCUGAGUUCUACUACACUAAGAAGAUGAUCAACCUCGUAACUGGUGUCACCCCGCUUUGCUGGCGUCCCCCGUACGGCGAUGUCGAUGACCGCGUGCGCGCGAUCGCCAACGCGCUCAACCUGUCGACGAUCGUCUGGCAAUCGGACUCGUUCGACUGGGAAGCGGGCACGGACGGCUACACAGACCAGAUGGUGUACGACAACUACGACACGCUGAUCGCGCAAGCGCAGAACGGCACGUUCAGCAGCCAGGGCACGAUCAUGCUCACGCACGAGCUCAACAACUUCACGAUGCAGACGGCCGUGGACUACUACGACAAGCUCGCUGGCGCGUUCAAGCAUCUUGUUCCCAUCGCGGUCGGGUAUAACCAGACGGAUCCGUAUGUGGAGAGCAAUGUGACCCUGCCGACGUUUGAGCAAUGUAUGUUUUCUUCCGUCGUUGUUGCUAUCCUUCGCACGCUUACUAUACCGCGAAUCUGA